AUGAGCUCCAAGACCUGGGCCUCAACACCCCCUUGUGCAAUUGGACCCUGGAUUCCCUCACUUGCAAACCCCGCUCAGUUCCGAUCGGCAACAACACCUCCACCAUCUCCACCAGCACAGGGCUGUGCGCUUCGCCCACUGCUCCCCCCGCUCUACACCUGUGUCUGUGCGGUUAAGCACAGCUCCGAUGUCCUGCUCAGGUUGGCUGACGACACCACCGUCACAGGAGGGAGACUGGAAAUCUGUCCCAGCGGUGCCACAACAACAACCACCUCUCUCAACGUCAGCACGACCAGGGAGCUGAUGAAUGACUUCGGGAGGGAACCGGAGGCCCGCAUUAGAGGAUCAGAGGUGGAGAGGUUAUUACCCCUCAACCAUCAGGUCCCACACCACCAGGUUCAGGGACAGUUAUCACCCCUCAGCCAUCAGGUCCCACACCACCAGGUUCAGGAACAGUUAUCACCCCUCAGCCAUCAGGUCCCACACCACCAGGUUCAGGGACAGUUAUCACCCUUCAGCCAUCAGGUCCCACACCACCAGGUUCAGGGACAGUUAGCACCCCUCAACCAUCAGGUAGAAGGUACAGGAGCCUCAGGUCCCACACCACCAGGUUCAGGGACAGUUAUCACCCCUCAACCAUCAGGUCCCACACCACCAGGUUCAGGGACAGUUAUCACCCCUCAACCAUCAGGUCCCACACCACCAGGUUCAGGGACAGUUAUUACCCCUCAGCCAUCAGGUCCCACACCACUAGGUUCAGGAACAGUUAUUAACCCUCAACCAUCAGGUCCCACACCACCAGGUUCAGGGACAGUUAGCACCCCUCAGCCAUCAGGUAGAAGGUACAGGAGCCUCAGGUCCCACACCACCAGGUUCAGGGACAGUUAUUACCCCUCAGCCAUCAGGUCCCACACCACCAGGUUCAGGGACAGUUAUCACCCCUCAGCCAUCAGGUCCCACACCACCAGGUUCAGGGACAGUUAUUACCCCUCAGCCAUCAGGUCCCACACCACCAGGUUCAGGGACAGUUAUUACCCUUCAACCAUCAGGUCCCACACCACCAGGUUCAGGAAUAGUUAUUACCCCUCAACCAUCAGGUCCCACACCACCAGGUUCAGGGACAGUUAUCACCCCUCAGCCAUCAGGUCCCACACCACCAGGUUCAGGAACAGUUAUCACCCCUCAGCCAUCAGGUCCCACACCACCAGGUUCAGGGACAGUUAUCACCCUUCAGCCAUCAGGUCCCACACCACCAGGUUCAGGGACAGUUAGCACCCCUCAACCAUCAGGUAGAAGGUACAGGAGCCUUAGGUCCCACACCACCAGGUUCAGGGACAGUUAGCACCCCUCAGCCAUCAGGUAGAAGGUACAGGAGCCUCAGGUCCCACACCACCAGGUUCAGGGACAGUUAUCACCCCUCAACCAUCAGGUCCCACACCACCAGGUUCAGGGACAGUUAUCACCCCUCAACCAUCAGGUCCCACACCACCAGGUUCAGGGACAGUUAUCACCCCUCAACCAUCAGGUCCCACACCACCAGGUUCAGGGACAGUUAUUACCCCUCAGCCAUCAGGUCCCACACCACUAGGUUCAGGAACAGUUAUUAACCCUCAACCAUCAGGUCCCACACCACCAGGUUCAGGGACAGUUAGCACCCCUCAGCCAUCAGGUAGAAGGUACAGGAGCCUCAGGUCCCACACCACCAGGUUCAGGGACAGUUAUUACCCCUCAGCCAUCAGGUCCCACACCACCAGGUUCAGGGACAGUUAUCACCCCUCAGCCAUCAGGUCCCACACCACCAGGUUCAGGGACAGUUAUUACCCUUCAACCAUCAGGUCCCACACCACCAGGUUCAGGGACAGUUAUCACCCCUCAACCAUCAGGUCCCACACCACCAGGUUCAGGGACAGUUAUUACCCCUCAGCCAUCAGGUCCCACACCACCAGGUUCAGGGACAGUUACUACCCCUCAACCAUUGGGACCCACACCACCAGGUUCAGGAACUAAUCACCCCUCAACCAUCAGGUCCCACACCACCAGGUUCAGGAACAGUUAUUAACCCUCAACCAUCAGGUCCCACACCACCAGGUUCAGGAACAGUUAUUACCCCUCAACCAUCGGGACCCACACCACCAGGUUCAGGAACUAAUCACCCCUCAACCAUCAGGUCCCACACCACCAGGUUCAGGAACAGUUAUUAACCCUCAACCAUCAGGUCCCACACCACCAGGUUCAGGAACAGUUAUUACCCCUCAACCAUCAGGUUCCACACCACCAGGUUCAGGGACAGUUAUUACCCUUCAACCAUCAGGUCCCACACCACCAGGUUCAGGGACAGUUAUCACCCCUCAACCAUCAGGACCCACACCACCAGGUUCAGGGACAGUUAUCACCCCUCAACCAUCAGGUAGAAGGUACAGGAGCCUCAGGUCCCACACCACCAGGUUCAGGGACAGUUAUCACCCCUCAACCAUCAGGUAGAAGGUACAGGAGCCUCAGGUCCCACACCACCAGGUUCAGGGACAGUUAUUAACCCUCAACCAUCAGGUCCCACACCACCAGGUUCAGGGACAGUUAGCACCCCUCAGCCAUCAGGUAGAAGGUACAGGAGCCUCAGGUCCCACACCACCAGGUUCAGGGACAGUUAUUACCCCUCAGCCAUCAGGUCCCACACCACCAGGUUCAGGGACAGUUAUCACCCCUCAGCCAUCAGGUCCCACACCACCAGGUUCAGGGACAGUUAUUACCCUUCAACCAUCAGGUCCCACACCACCAGGUUCAGGGACAGUUAUUACCCCUCAACCAUCAGGUCCCACACCACCAGGUUCAGGGACAGUUAUCACCCCUCAACCAUCAGGUCCCACACCACCAGGUUCAGGGACAGUUAGCACCCCUCAACCAUCAGGUAGAAGGUACAGGAGCCUCAGGUCCCACACCACCAGGUUCAGGGACAGUUAUCACCCCUCAACCAUCAGGUCCCACACCACCAGGUUCAGGGACAGUUAUCACCCCUCAACCAUCAGGUCCCACACCACCAGGUUCAGGGACAGUUAUCUCCCCUCAACCAUCAGGUCCCACACCACCAGGUUCAGGGACAGUUAUUACCCCUCAGCCAUCAGGUCCCACACCACCAGGUUCUGGAACAGUUUUUACCCCUCAGCCAUCAGGUCCCACACCACCAGGUUCAGGGACAGUUACUACCCCUCAACCAUCGGGACCCACACCACCAGGUUCAGAAACUAAUCACCCCUCAACCAUCAGGUCCCACACCACCAGGUUCAGGAACAGUUAUUAACCCUCAACCAUCAGGUCCUACACCACCAGGUUCAGGAACAGUUAUUACCCCUCAACCAUCGGGACCCACACCACCAGGUUCAGGAACUAAUCACCCCUCAACCAUCAGGUCCCACACCACCAGGUUCAGGGACAGUUAGCACCCCUCAGCCAUCAGGUAGAAGGUACAGGAGCCUCAGGUCCCACACCACCAGGUUCAGGGACAGUUAUCACCCCUCAACCAUCAGGUAGAAGGUACAGGAGCCUCAGGUCCCACACCACCAGGUUCAGGGACAGUUAUCACCCCUCAUUCAUCAGGUAGAAGGUACAGGAGCCUCAGGUCCCACACCACCAGGUUCAGGGACAGUUAUCACCCCUCAACCAUCAGGUCCCACAUCACCAGGUUCAGGGACAGUUAUCACCCCCUCAACCAUCAGGUCCCACACCACCAGGUUCAGGGACAGUUAUUACCCCUCAACCAUCAGGUCCCACACCACCAUGUUCAGGAACAGUUAUUACCCCUCAGCCAUCAGGUCCCACACCACCAGGUUCAGGGACAGUUACUACCCCUCAACCAUCGGGACCCACACCACCAGGUUCAGGAACUAAUCACCCCUCAACCAUCAGGUCCCACACCACCAGGUUCAGGAACAGUUAUUAACCCUCAACCAUCAGGUCCCACACCACCAGGUUCAGGAACAGUUAUUACCCCUCAACCAUCGGGACCCACACCACCAGGUUCAGGAACUAAUCACCCCUCAACCAUCAGGUCCCACACCACCAGGUUCAGGAACAGUUAUUAACCCUCAACCAUCAGGUCCCACACCACCAGGUUCAGGAACAGUUAUUACCCCUCAACCAUCAGGUCCCACACCACCAGGUUCAGGAACUAAUCACCCCUCAACCAUCAGGUCCCACACCACCAGGUUCAGGGACAGUUAUCACCCCUCAACCAUCAGGUCCCACACCACCAGGUUCAGGAACAGUUAUUACCCCUCAACCAUCAGGUCCCACACCACCAGGUUCAGGAACAGUUA